AUGUCUGCUCUACUUGCGAUUUAUAGCGACAGUGGAGAAGAGGAAUUCGUGUUGUCAUUGGGUGAAGAUGUCACGUUGCUGUAUAAUACAUCGGAGGACGAUGACGACACCGCAGUCUCUUUUAGCACAAGUGUAUCAGAUGGAAAUUGGCAUCGCCUUGGCAUCAGUAUUAAAGGGGACUCGGUUACGAUGAAUAUCGACUGUAAUCAGCAGAUAACAAAUAAACUGAAAAGAAAUCUUGACCGCCUAAUCACGACGAGUGGCAUCAUCAUGAUCGGUCAACAGCUGGUGGAUGAAAAUUUCUAUUCGGGAGGGCUUGAAUUAUUGAAGAUAGCACCGAAUCCAGAGGCAGCUUACGACAUCUGCUCGACCUUUGCCCCAGAUUGUCCGAAGGAAUUACCUGUAAAAAAAUUGAACAAAAAAGCGGAGAAUUAUUUGGAAGUACCAAGAAAUUCGGGAAUAUCCGUAACGCUGGUUCCAACAUCGAGACCAGCCGAAAACCGUACAACAAUUAAAUAUGAAAAACUGGAGCCAAGAUUUCCUGUAUUUUCCGACAACAAAUCAGUGCACGAGUUGAGCCUGAUAAUACACCUGAAUAAUUCCCUUCUAACUGAUAAGGAAAACGCGACGAAAAUAAGUGAAGAGGAUUUAAGACAUUUCGGAGGAGAGAUCGGUGAAGAUGAAGAUGAAAAUGAAGAAGACAGCACAGAGGAAGGGAGCCUUGAAGAAGAGAAUGAAGAUGUUAACUCAGAAAAUGAGACAUCAGGAUAUGAAGGAUUGUCAAACUUUACGGAAAGCGAAUUAAACGCAGAAAGAGAAACAGAGAAUCCUGGGACAGGGAAUUUCGAGUACGCUGAAAGGAGUCAAAAAAGGACAGAAAUUCCCAGCGAAAGAGAUUAUUACUACAAUUACGGGUAUUACGGUAGAGGACCAGCAGGACCUCGAGGAUAUCCAGGACCCCCAGGAACAGGAGGACCUUCUGGUAACAAAGGAGAGCCGGGAAGAGAUGGCCUCGACGGAGUUCCUGGAGGACCUGGAUCUCCUGGCCACGUGUUUAUGAUUCCUCUAAAUCAACAAGGAUCGGAAAAAGGACCUGACUCUCAAGGAGAUGCCCUGAGAUUGAUGCUGUCGCAGCAUUUAUCAGCAAUAAGAGGAGCUACGGGACCAAUGGGCCUGACAGGAACUCCAGGACCAGAAGGACCACCAGGACCUGCAGGGCAGAAGGGCGAGCCCGGAGAAAUCGGCGAAUCUGGACCCAGAGGAGAAAGAGGGAGUCCUGGAAAUCCUGGGAGGGAGGGUAGAAGAGGCAGAUCUGGAAGAGAUGGAGAAAGAGGACUGGCAGGACCUCCUGGAGAAAAAGGAGAGCAAGGUCUGCCAGGUCUGCCAGGAUUGCCAGGUGACAAAGGUGAAAGAGGUCCACCUGGUGCCGCAGGGGAACAAGGAUUGCCAGGAAAUGAAGGAAUGCAAGGAGAAGAUGGCCCUUCCGGUCUGGCAGGAGCUCCUGGUGAAUUGGGUCCCAGAGGGUUCAUCGGACCACGUGGAUUUCCUGGUCCACCUGGAAAUAGUGGAGUUCCUGGGAACGAAGGUCCUCCAGGACCUAAGGGCAAUGCUGGACCACAUGGUCCACCUGGUCCUCCAGGUCAAACAGGACCUAUGGGUCCUGUCGGUCCCCCUGGACCGCAAGGACUCCUCGGACCAACUGGUCUAGUUGGUCCUCAAGGGAAACCCGGCAUCCCAGGACUUGCCGGUGGGGAUGGACCACCAGGACACCCUGGAAAUCCAGGAAUGCCAGGAUUAAAAGGAGAACAGGGCCCGCAAGGUCCACAAGGUCCUAUAGGAUUUCCUGGAGUGCGAGGUGUUAAGGGGGAUGAAGGGAAACGCGGUCAAUCUGGAGAUCGGGGUGAUAAAGGAGACAGAGGUCCUGAAGGUAAAAAGGGGGAUCCUGGCCUUAAAGGGGAAUCAGGCCACAGAGGUCCUCAAGGAGUUCCUGGUAUGGAAGGCUUGGAAGGACUCAAGGGUUCCGAUGGCCCUCGAGGUGAAACCGGACCAGCUGGUCCAGCUGGUGAAAAAGGGAAAAUCGGGGAUCCCGGAUUUCCUGGAUAUCCUGGAGGUCCUGGAGAGAAAGGCGACAAGGGGCAGUUCGGUACCCAGGGUCCUGUCGGUGACAAAGGAGAAAGAGGCAACACUGGGAUACCUGGUGAUCGUGGUGAGACUGGACCUAGGGGAUAUCGAGGUGAGCGAGGAAAAAGAGGUAUCGAAGGGUUCCCAGGUCCAAAAGGUGACUCAGGGCAGCCAGGACCCCCAGGUCCUCAGGGUGACCAGGGUUCCCCGGGAGUGGAAGGACCACGAGGGUUUACAGGACCUCCAGGUCAGUCAGGAAUGGACGGAAAAAACGGGAUCCCAGGAUUCCCAGGAGAAAGAGGACCUGCAGGAGAAUCUGGAUCCUCCGGACCACCGGGAAGUCCUGGGGUGAUUGGACCACCUGGUCCACCUGGAGAACCUGGCCAGCCAGGUGAACCAGGAAAUCCAGGAAGUCCUGGGAGUCCAGGGGACGUCGGUGCCCCUGGAGAACAAGGAAAGGAAGGAGCACCUGGACCUUCUGGACUUCCAGGGAAAGAUGGGCCACCAGGUCCUGGGGGCUUACCUGGAUUCCCUGGAGAAAGAGGACUCGAUGGCUCACCGGGCAUACCAGGUCUGAAGGGCGAAAUGGGACCCGUUGGAUUACCUGGAGCAGGUGGCGACAAAGGAGCCCAGGGUGAUCCUGGUAAGGAUGGACCACCGGGUCCUGAAGGAAGACAAGGACCGAAAGGUCCUCUUGGGCCUGCUGGCGGGAAGGGAGACAGAGGGGAUCCUGGAAUGCCCGGUCCUUCAGGAAGAGACGGAUUACCUGGUCAAAGAGGUCUACCAGGUCCUCCAGGUCCUGUCGGAGUUCCUGGCGAGGAUGGUGACAAAGGAGACGUCGGAACACCUGGAGAAAAAGGAUUGAAAGGCUUUAAGGGUGAAAUGGGUCCUCCAGGAUUAUCCGGAAUUCAAGGACCAAGAGGUGAGCCUGGGUCCGUUGGUUCCAUGGGAGAAAAGGGUCCACCUGGAGAAAUCGGAAGACAAGGUAGCAAAGGCGAAGAUGGACCAGUUGGAGUCCCAGGACCAGCAGGUCCCAUAGGACCUCAAGGACUUCCAGGACCUUCAGGAGUAAAAGGCGAAGCUGGUGAUAUGGGAGCAGCAGGACCUACGGGCACCAUGGGAAAUCCUGGACUUCCGGGACCAAGAGGUCACAAGGGGGAAGAAGGUCUUCAAGGACCCGCAGGUCCUGAGGGACUGCAAGGACCCAAGGGUGAUGCAGGAACUCCAGGACCUCCAGGAACAGCUGGCGCAGAAGGGAAAUCUGGCGAUAUCGGUUCUCCAGGGCUGAAAGGGGAGGAAGGGAAACCUGGACCAGCAGGUCCUGUAGGACCUCGAGGUCUGGCUGGUCCAGAGGGUCCAAAAGGACACGAGGGUCCUCCUGGUCUUCCUGGUCCUCCUGGAGAACCAGGAUCGGUGGGACCAAAAGGUGAACCUGGGAACGAUGGUGACGAGGGAAAACCUGGUGGACCUGGUCUUCCUGGAGAAACUGGACCUCCUGGGAAGGAAGGAGUUCCAGGACCGCCAGGGAAAAUGGGUCCAGAAGGAACAGCAGGAACACAGGGAAGUCCAGGACCUCCCGGUGAAAAAGGAGAUGCAGGUCCCGUUGGUUCUCCAGGAAAUCAAGGCCACACAGGAUCUCAAGGUGUUCCAGGACCUCCAGGACUCGCCGGAGUAAGAGGACUACCUGGUGCAGCAGGUGAAAGCGGUCCUUCGGGGAUGCCCGGAGCUGUUGGCCAUCCUGGAAAAAUUGGUCCUAUGGGACCUAAGGGUCAUAAAGGUGACAAAGGUCGCCGAGGAAUUAAAGGACACCGUGGAGAACUUGGUUUCCCUGGACUGAGUGGAGAACCUGGAGAAAAAGGAGAAAAGGGAUCCAGAGGACUCACUGGGCCAGAAGGACCAAAAGGGAGUCCUGGUCCUCCUGGAAUUACAGGUCCUAAAGGAAGCGAUGGUCCUCCAGGAUUGCCUGGAAUGGAAGGGCCACCUGGACUCAAAGGAUAUCCUGGAAACGAGGGGGGGAAAGGGGACAUCGGCCCGCAAGGACCUCCAGGACCUCCUGGCGCUCCUGCCGAACAACCUUUAAUUCCCCCUGAAUUACUUUUCUCCAGGGAAGAAAUUGACCGAAGAAAACGGAAUACGCAGGACUCGUAAGUGUUAUUUCAAGGAUCAUGUAAUUAAUGCGGUAAAAUGUUUUCCUUUACAAUUUCCAUGGUCCUCAGGGAGCAAAGGGAAAAUGAAAACAUUCUUGUGGAGAACCUGAAAGAAUCUGAAGAAAACACUUUGGAAUUAGUGGACAUUUAUAAUUCGAUUUACAACAUGGGGAUGGAGUUAGAAGGAAUUCGUAGACCUGCAGGGACAAAAGAAAACCCAGCAAGGACUUGUAGGGACCUCUUUUACGGCCAUCCUGAUUUUGAUGACGGCUGGUACUGGAUAGACCCAAAUCUGGGAAUGUCCGAUGAUACAGUAUAUGCUUUCUGCAACAAGUCAAGCUCCGAAACGUGCAUUUACCCUGAUUUGCAUAACAGCCAAGUGCCGAAUAUCCAGUGGAAAAAAGAUGGCGAGAAGAGCGACUGGUACUCUAAUCUUCGUGGUGGCUUCAAGGUAACUUAUGAAAGUGUUGGAUCGGUGCAACUCACGUUUUUACGACUUCUAAGCGAAGAAGCUUACCAGAAUUUUACAUACACCUGCGUAAAUAGUAUCGCCUGGUACAGCGCUCCUGAUAUGAAUUAUAAUUCUUCCUUAAGUCUACUUGGUCACAACGAAGAGGAAUUUUCGUAUAACAGCAAACAGCCUGAAGUAAUAUUUGAUGGUUGCCAAUCCGGGAAAGGCGCAAGCGAGACCACUUUUACGGUGAAAACGGAAAAGCUUCAAGAACUUCCUCUGAUUGAUUUUCACCCGAUGGAUUACGGAUCGCCAGAUCAAGCUUUCGGUUUCUCCAUCGGACCAGUUUGCUUUAAAUAAUAUAUUCCACGUGUUAA